AUGUUUAUAUUCCUAUCACUACCGUCAGGAAAUGAACAACCACAUUCAGAAUUAGAGAGAGAUACAUUAACUCAAUUUCAAACACAAUAUUUUAAUUCAUUAAAAAUAUUAAAUGAAUCUCAAUAUGAUCUAGGGUAUGGUAAUAUAACUGGUUAUCAAUUAUCAUAUAAGGAUUAUUUAACUGGGAAAUCUAUAAAGGAUUGGCCAAUUCAUGAAUACAGUAAAGAACAUCCUUGGGUUGAAAAUGAGGAAUAUUCUAUACUACCUAAUGUCAUUAGUAAUAAUGUAAAACAAUUUUGGGGAAAUGAUGAAGUUAAAUUAAAUGAAAAUGCAUACUUAUUAAAUAUAUCAGGAAGAGCAAAUGGAGAAUUUAUAAUACUGCAAACUGAAAAUAAAAUUGAACCAAUUAAAUUAAAAAUUCCUGAAUAUUUAAAAACUUAUUAUAAUUCAAGAACAACAAAUGAUGGAAGUGAUUAUGAUGGAAGAUUAACCACUCCAUCUGAUCAAAAAGAUAAAGAUGAAAAAGAGAAAGAUAAAUUGGAAAAGGAAUUGGAAUUAUCGGAAAAAGUUGGAAAUAUUACUAAACCUGGAGUGAUUUCACUUGAUAUAACUGGGUAUCAAUAUAAUUUUAAUGAACCUGAAUUCAAAACCUUAUCUGAAAAAGAUAAAAUAUCAAAUGCAAUAGCUCUAAAAAUGGAAUUAAAUUUAAAAGAUUAUAAAGAAAUAGAAGAUCAUAGACUUGGUUUAAGUGGAGUAUAUUUUCAAGAUACAGGAUCAAUAAUUGCAACAACUAAUUCUGCAAAAUUUUUAGGAUCAUAUGGUUUAAGUCAUUUAAGUAUGGAUAAUAAAAAAUUUGAAAUUGCUAAAAAAUUAAUGACUCAAUAUAACAAUAUGAGAGAUGAUAAAGAUAUAAAUUUAGAUGAUAUGAAUAAUUCAAUAUUUAAAUCAAUUGAUCAAUGUGAAAUGAUUGCUUUUAUACAAUUUAAUAAAACUAAUUUUAAUCAUGAAGAAUUAAGAUAUAUUGAUAACGAAUUAAAAAAUCCAACUGGAAAACCAUUACCUUCAAAAAUUCCUGUAUUAUCUGUAAAAGACUUCUUAAUAUAUUCACCAGAUUGUGGAAUAUCUUUAACAAUUAAACCAAAUACAUUAUUUAUUGGAGAAAGAAAUGAAGUUUAUAAAAGUCAAAUAAGAAAAGUUUUGACUGGAUUAUUAAUAUUAGUUAUAAUACAAUUAUAUCUUAUAUUUAAUCAAGUAAAUGAAGCAAGAACUCCUGGACAAUUAUCAGUUAUAUCAAGUAAAACAUUAUAUUUUUUUGGAUUUCAAGAUUCUUUAUUAGCAUUAAUGUCAUUAUUAUUAUCAACUGUAGCAACUGAUUUAUAUUUAAUUUUAGCUUGUAUUUCAACUAUAGCAUUUAUUCUGUGUGGAGUAUUUGAAAUAAGAUUUAUGGUUAGUGUAUUAACAACUCAAGCAAAUGAAAGAGGUACAACUUGGUGGGAAAUAAUGAGAGGAUCAAGUCAAGAAAGUAAUGAAUCGACUCCAGAACCAGCAAUAAUAGAAGAAAAUCAAGAUGGUCCUAUUUUACCUAUAUCGAAUCCACCACCACAACAACCAGAACAACCUACCACCGAGCCUAAUCAAGCUUGGCAAGAAACAUCAUAUAGUAACUCAAUAUUUGCAUCAGGCUUCACAUUAUCUAUUAUUGCAAUGUUUUUAAUAUUUUCAGCAACUCAAUGGAGAGUAACUUAUAGAAUUAUAUUUGAAUAUAUUUCAUUAAUUCUAAUAAAUUCAUAUUGGGUACCACAAUUUUUAAGAAAUACUUUAAAAAAUAGAAAUAAAUCAUUUACAUGGAAAUUUAUAUUUGGUAGUAGUAUUAUAAGAAUUAUACCAAUUUAUUAUUUUUCAUUAUUUAAAUCAAAUCCUGCAAGACAUAGAUAUGAUCCAACAUUAUGUAUUAUCAUUACUGUAUGGUUAAGUUUUCAAAUUUUAUUGUUAAUUUUACAAAAUUAUUUUGGUGCAAGAUUUUGGAUUAAUGAAAAAUGGUUACCAAAAGCUUAUGAUUAUCAACCAAUUUUAUCAAUUAAAGAUUUAGAAGAAGGUGGUAUAUCAAGUGAUUUAUUGGCAAGUUUCAAACAAAAGACAUCAGAUUCUGCUGCCGAACAACAACAAGAUUUCAUAGAUUGUGAAUGUACUUGUCCAAUCUGUAUGACUGAUGUAACAUUACCAAUACUUGUUAAAAAUGAAGAAACAAAAGAUAAAAAAUCAAAUCAUUUACAUAUUAAUAAAGAUUAUAUGAUAACACCUUGUCAUCAUAUUUUUCAUGUUGAAUGUCUUGAAAAUUGGAUGAAAUAUAAAUUACAAUGUCCUGUUUGUAGAACUAGUUUACCACCUAUAUAA